AUGUCAUUAAUCAAGCCUUCUAUACUUUCUCUUAAUCCAAGAAGUUCCUAUGGAAUUAAUACUUUUCAUGCAGUAUAUAAUCCUAAAACUGGUAAAACAAUAACUUCACAUCCUAUUUUACAAUCCAUUGGAGAUUUUUUUGCUGAAGAAAAAACGGACUUUGAUGAACAUGAGGGAAUUUUUGGCCAUGUAAAUUCAUUUAUACAUAAAACUUGUCGAGGAGCAGGAGCAGGAGGAGUAAGGAAUUGGAGUUAUGAAACUAUUGAGGAUUGGUUUCGCGAUGGAAUUAGAUUAUCCAAAGGAAUGACACAUAAAAAUUCUUUGGCUGAUUUAUGGUGGGGAGGAGGAAAAGAAGGAUCAACUAUUCAACAACGUAGAACAGUAUUUGAAGAAUAUGGUAGAUUUUUGAGUUCUCUUAAAGGUGCUUAUGUUGCAGCCGAGGAUCUAGGCACUACAGAGGACGACAUGGCAUCAGUUUUUAAGAAGACACGAUUCAUAACAUGUAUUCCACCUGAAUAUGGUGGUAGUGGUAAUCCCAGUGCUCCAACGGCACGAGGUGUAGUUUGUGCUCUUGAAGCUGCAUUUUCUUAUACUGGUAGAGAUUCUCUGGAAGAUGGUACUUUUGCUGUUCAGAAAAAAGCAAAACAUAUAUUGGUUAAUGAUAUAGAUAUGGCAAAAAUUAAUGCUGCUGAAAAAAGAUUUGAUAAAGAAUUUAAAGAGGGCAGAAUUACUUUUAGAUAUACUGAAAGAAAUGAUCAUUCUAUUUUGUUUGAAGAUGUGGAUGCAAUAGUGCCUUGCGCUACUGGUGGAAUACUUAAUCCUAUGACUAUUCCAAAGAUAAAAACUAAGAUUAUAUGUGGAGCCGCGAAUAAUCAAUUAAGUGAUUUUCUGGCUAAUAGAAUGGGUAUUGUCAAUUGUGCGGAUGAAUCAGUAGGACAUAUAAAAAAUGAUCCAUUAUUUGAGAAACAUUUCAGUAGGUCUUGGAUGUAUUCACUCUAUAAUUUAACUAAAUUUGUUCUUUCCAAAGCCGAGACAAGUGAAAGCACACCACAACAAAUUGCCAUAGAAUUAGCUGAAAAAAAAUCAUUGGAAACACAUCCAAUUUUUGGUCAUAGAGGUAAACAAAUUAUAGAUAGUUUAAUAAAUAGUGAUGAAUGGAAUUCAAGAAUUAAAGUUAAUGAACAACAGAUUGAAAGUUAUUAA